UCUGCAGUUGCCCUUUAAUUUUGGCUCCCGCAACAAUCAUCCCGGGCUCGGUCCCUCGUCGAAUGUUUAUUCCAGCUGCUACAAGGUACCAACGGCUUCUUGAAAGCGCCGCACGGAUAACCUUAAGCUCGUUACUGUCAAAGUGCGCACCCACGAUUGUGUAAAUAAUCAUCGAAAAUAUUAAUUUUCUAGGUAAGUAAAAGCUGACUCAAGAUCAACUGCCAGCGAAGUGACGAAUGUGCGCAACAAUUUAGCGCCAUAAUAAAAACACGUUCACGCUACACACGCUAUCACGCAGGACGCUCUCAAGGAGAUCUAACGUCAAUUUUGCCCUUUUAAUUCUUCUUCUCAAAAUUAUCGUCACUGUAUAUCAUUAAAAAUGUCGCAUUUGAAGUAUAUGAAGGAACUCAAUACAUUAACGAGAAUGGACGAUGCCAUCAAAGGACCUGUACCCCGUUGGCAGAAGAAAUGUCUCGAGACAUCGACUUCAUCGGCUGCAAACAUGAGUUUGAAUACUUCGCGAAAAGCAAUGAAUGUGACUAGUGCCAACAACAGUAAUAACAGUUCUGGCAAAACUCCCAAAAAAGGAAUAGAAAUUCGAAAUGGAAAAAAAACACCUUCCAAAAACAGCAAAAAAUCUCCAAGUCGAGCCACAACUCCAAAUAAAACUCCUUGUGGUGGAGAUCGAUUCAUACCUACAAGAACUACAACUAAUUUUGAGUUGGGGUAUUUCAAGUUGCAGCAACAAAAUACUGAUCCAGAUAAUAAAAAUGAAACCAGUCCUAAUAAACGUGAAAUGCAGCGCUUGAUCGGAGAAAAUUUACAUGGAGGAGAUUUAAGUAAUAUGAGAGUACUGUCUUAUCAAAAUAAAGCCCCCGCACCUCCAGAAGGAUAUCAAAAUCCAUUGAGAGUUGUCUACAGCCAAUCUAAAACCCCUGCAAGCGUAAAAGCUUCUACAAGAUACAUUCCAAAUGCACCUGACAGGAUUUUAGAUGCCCCUGAAAUAGUGGAUGAUUAUUAUUUAAAUUUGGUUGACUGGUCAACGAGCAAUGUAUUGGCUGUAGCACUGGGAGCCAAUGUAUAUUUGUGGAAUGCUGGUACAGGAACCAUAGAGCAACUUUUUGAACUGGAAGGCAACGACUAUGUCUGUUCAGUUGCUUGGAUUCAAGAAGGUCCAUAUUUAGCUGUAGGUACUACUGUAGGAAAUACAGAAUUAUGGGAUUGCAGUCAAAUGAAGAGAGUCAGAGUUAUGAAUGGACACUCUGCAAGAGUUGGCUCUCUGUCAUGGAAUUCACACAUUUUGACAAGUGGUUGCAGAGCGGGACAAAUCAUACAUCAUGAUGUAAGACAGCGAGAACAUCUAGUGUCAACAAUUAAUGCUCAUGCUCAAGAAGUUUGUGGAUUAAAAUGGUCCCCAGAUGGAAAAUACUUAGCAAGUGGAGGAAAUGAUAAUAUGUUACAAAUUUGGCAAGGUGUAGCUGGAACAAAUUAUUCUCACCCUCAGCCUAUUUAUUCACUUAGCCAGCAUCAAGCUGCUGUGAAAGCCUUAGCAUGGUGCCCUUGGCAAAAUCAUGUACUGGCUAGUGGUGGAGGAACAGCCGAUAGAACAAUUCGAUUUUGGAACUGUAAUACUGGUGCUUGUCUCAAUACAAUUGACACUAAGUCUCAAGUUUGUUCGCUUCUUUGGUCAACUACUUAUAAGGAAAUUGUUUCUGGUCAUGGAUAUGCUCAAAACCAACUGACAAUUUGGAAAUAUCCAACAAUGAAUAAAGUAGCUGAACUAACUGGUCAUUCCAGUCGGGUACUCCAUCUUGCUAUGUCACCAGACGGUACAACCGUGCUUAGUGCUGGUGCUGAUGAAACAUUAAGACUAUGGAAAUGCUUUAUACCAGAUCCACACAAGAAAAAGGAGCCCGUUAAACAAACUUCAGCUGUAUCUUGCUUAAAACGAUCCAUAAGAUAAUGGGUUUCUUUAAAAAUUUUGAAAAUGAAUUUUUAGAUUAAUUUGUUAUAAUUAUACAUAAUUUUUUAAAGUAACAAUAUACUCUGUGAGUUGUGAUGUACUUUUCUUACUAAGAG